CUCUACUGCCUAUCUCCUGUUUAGAUGUUGAUGCCCAAGAAGAACCGAAUUGCCAUCUACGAACUCCUUUUUAAGGAGGGAGUGAUGGUAGCCAAGAAGGAUGUCCACAUGCCCAAGCAUCCCGAGCUAGUAGACAAGAAUGUGCCCAAUCUCCAUGUCAUGAAAGCCAUGCAGUCUCUGAAAUCCCGUGGUUAUGUGAAAGAACAGUUUGCGUGGAGGCAUUUCUACUGGUACCUGACCAACGAGGGCAUCCAGUACUUGCGCGACUACCUUCACCUUCCCCCUGAGAUUGUGCCUGCAACCUUGCGCCGCAGUCGCCCCGAAACUGGCAGACCACGGCCCAAAGGUCUGGAAGGUGAACGCCCUGCUCGUCUUACUCGGGGAGAAGCUGACAGGGAUACUUACAGACGCAGUGCCGUUCCGCCUGGUGCUGACAAGAAGGCUGAGGCUGGUGCUGGAGCAGCUACUGAAUUCCAGUUUAGAGGUGGAUUUGGUCGUGGACGUGGUCAGCCUCCUCAGUAGAGCUGCUUAUGUUUUGUGUAUAAUAAAAUAGGUGAAAAUGUCA